AUGAAGCAGGAAGAAAACGAACCAUUUCAUGAGUUCAUAUUCAGGCUACAGGAUCAAGCGAAACGUAGUGAUUUCAUGGACCCGGACGAUAUGGUAAUUGAUCAAGUAGUAGAGGGUUGUAAAUCAACUGAGUUGCGUAAGAAACUGUUGACCGAAGAGUUAACCCUUAAUGAUGUCAUGACACUCGGGAAGACAAUUGAGGAGGUACAAAAACAAUCCAAACAGUAUGACAAACCCUCUGUGUCUACUUUUGAGAGAACUUUGGUGCAACGCGUCGUAGAUCAACGACCGGACAAUCGACAGAAUCCUGAAACCAACAGACGGUGCUAUAACUGCAAUCGUCCUGGACACCUGGCCAAGGAUAUAGGAAAAUGUGCAGCGAAGGAUGCCAAAUGCCACGGCUGCGGAACGAAAGGGCAUUUCAAGGCAUGCUGCCGACGAAGAAAGCGAGACGAAUCUCAGCAACCAUCAGGACCAGCACCGAAACGUCGUUCCGUUAAUGCUAUACUCGACGAAAAGGCUACCACAAAAGGAGUAUUUACAAUCGAGGACGUAAACCAGCUGAACGAAGUAUUGAAACUGGAGAUUGGCGGAGUUAAGAUGGACAUGUUGGUGGACUCGGGUUCACCAGCCAACAUCAUGAACAGCAAGAGCUACGAGUGGCUGAAACAACAAGGAGCAAAACUGCUGAACGAGCGGACCCCUCGGGAUGAUGAGACAUGCCUGACAUCUUUUGCUACAGAUAGGAAAAUAUUCUUCAGUGACGCAUUCGAAUCAGAAGUUAAAGUACCAGGAGAUGAAACCGGCGUUUGGGCACACAUCUUGGUUGCACCAGACGGGCAAACUACAGCAUUCGCGUUAGGGGUGUUGAAUAUCGGUUACAAUAUUAACCACGUAUCCAAUCUAUCUGAAGGUCCAGAAACAUUCCCUAAAGUUCUCAACGUGACGUUGAAAAUCCAAAUCGAUGCGAAUAUCGCUCCUGUUGUUCAAGUCGCUAGGCGACUACCAGUUUCCAUGGAAGCAGAUGUCGAAGAAGCAAUCCGUGGCUUAUUGGAGAAGGACAUCAUAGAACGUGCACAAGGACCGUUGAGCUGGGUUUCGCCUCUGGUACCGAUUCGGAAGGCGGAUGGAAAAAUUCGGUUGUGUGUCGACAUGCGGGCAGCAAACCGUGCUGUAAAACGCGAGAAUUAUCCGAUGCCCAACAUUGACGCAGCAAUAACAUCGAUCACGAAGGUUACAAAAUUGUCAAAAAUUGACCUAGAGGCAGCUUACUAUCAUUUCGAGCUAGAUGAAGACAGCCGCGAUAUAACCACUUUUGUAGCUCGCAGUGGGGUCUAUAGGUUCCGCAGAUUAAUGUUUGGCAUUAAAUCGGCUCCGGAGUUGUUCCAGAGAGAGAUGGAGAACCUGUUUAGAGGAAUAGAGGGUGUUAUCGUGUACAUGGACGAUGUGUUGAUUCACGGGGCCACAGACGAAGAGCAUGACGAGGCAUUGAAACGUGUACUGCAAAUUUUAAAAGACAGGAAUAUGAAAAUUAACGAUCAAAAAUCGAUUUAUUCCGUAACUGAGGUCGAGUUCCUAGGACACUGCGUUUCGAAAGACGGAAUUCGUCCCACCGACGAAAGGAUCAAAGCGAUUCUCUCUUUACAAGCUCCAUCGUCAGUAACCGAACUAAGAUCUCUCCUGGGACUCGUAAAUUUUGUCGGAAGAUUCGUUCCCAAUCUUUCCGGACUAACACAUCAUAUGAGACAGCUGUUAAUCAAGGACUGUUUCUUCCAGUGGAUGGAAGUCCACGACAAAGAAUUGGACAUGAUUGGUUGA